UUUUUUACGAUUUAACAUUGCUCAUUGGCGUUACUAUAAUUUAAGGCUUUACCUUAUCAAAACAUGUCGCAUUUAAACAAGUAGUCAUCUGCUUCAUACACCCAACAAUUAAUGAAUUCUUUUUUAAAAGUCAGUUACAUUUUCUUUGGGAAGAGGGUAAGUAUUUCAAAUGAACUACGUAAGUAUGUAAUCUACACUUUGUUCUGUCCACACUUUCGUAUAAAACUGAGCGCUUGGCCUUGUUGUACUUUUAGUAUAUUUUCAGCGUUCGAGCAGUUAUUAAGAAAUUAAAUUUCGAAAUACAAAUUACACACCGUUAGCAAAAAUAAAAACACGCAUUGCAAAACUCAUUAUGCCCACAAAAUCAGUGCAAAAGUGGAUGUCCGAUGAAAUGGAGCGGUUAUCAAUUAAAUUUGCGCGCUAUAAGCCCAGCUGUAAUGGCUAUAAUCGCAUACAGCCAGUGCUGUUGUCGCGUAGUGUCACCCAAAUGUUGAACAAUCCAUUGCCAGUUGAAGAUCAAAUAGGCACCACUAUGAUGACGAGCCAACAGCU